AUGGCAGCCCAGUCGCGAGAGGACCCGUUGAUGGUCAUCGUCACCCACUACCGCGAGCUCCUCCGAUCCAAGCUCCGCCGUACACCGCGCUCCGUCCGUCUUACCGCGACCGCCGCGCUCCUCCUUUCGAUCAUCACCUCUUCGUACGGCGGCUACAAUUGGUGGGUAGCCAAAACGCGGGACCGGGCCCAGGGUCGGCGGCUUGUGCGCAAGAACUCUGGCCUGCGAGGCAAAGAUGGCACACGUAUCAUAUACGUUCCCAAGGGCGCGACGACAUCGAAGGUGGUGAUACAUCCUACAAGACCCACAACAUUUGAUGCACAUCGACGGCUGUUCUUGACGCCGCCGCGAGUGACUAGGAUUGCUAGCGGCGCGUCGACACCUGCAUACGGCCACGGCCCGCCACCAGCAACGAAGCCAGGGCUGAAUCUGGCGUUCUUGCAUCAGUUCCUCAGCCUGCUGAAUAUCAUGAUACCCCGAUUUCGGUGUAAAGAGACCGCUCUACUGUUCAGUCAUGGAGUCUUCUUGUUACUGCGGACGUAUCUCAGUUUGGUGGUGGCAAGACUAGACGGCAUGCUUGUUCGGGACCUUGUCAGCGGACAAGGAAAAUCCUUUCUGCUCGGCAUACUACGCUGGCUGUCGGUCGGUGCAUUGGCUUCGUACACAAAUGCCAUGAUCAAGUUCCUGCAGUCGAAGAUCUCGAUCGCCUUUCGGACGAGGUUGACUCGCUACAUCCACGAUCUGUAUUUGAAUGCGAAUCUGAAUUACUAUAAACUGCACAAUCUGGACGGUGGCAUAGAAGGUGCCGAUCAAUUCAUCACACAGGAUCUGACACUCUUCUGUCAGGCUGCGGCAAGUCUGUACUCGAGCUUGGGAAAGCCGCUUGUCGACAUUUUCGUCUUCAACUAUCAGCUCUACCGAUCACUGGGGCCACUGGCACUUAGCGGGCUUCUGGCCAACUACUUCGCGACCGCAACACUAUUACGACGCCUCUCGCCACCAUUCGGCAAAUUAAAGGCGGUCGAGGGGAAGAAGGAAGGCGAAUUCCGUGGCCUGCACUCACGGCUGAUCGCGAACGCAGAAGAGGUGGCAUUCUACGGUGGCGCUGAUGUUGAAAAGGUGUACCUCAACAAGUCGUUCAAGGAGCUUAGGUCAUGGAUGGAGGGCAUCUACAAUGUCAAAGUACGGUACAAUAUGCUCGAAGACUUCGUCCUCAAGUACUCAUGGUCCGCAUUCGGCUAUAUCAUUACUUCGAUCCCUGUCUAUCUGCCAGCAUGGGCAGGUGUUGGCGAAAGCACGACCUCUGAUGCAGCACCGAAAGCAGGAGGCCACAUGAAAGAGUUCAUCACAAACAAGCGACUCAUGCUCUCGUUAGCAGACGCCGGCGGACGCAUGAUGUACAGCAUCAAAGAUCUAUCAGAGCUAGCCGGCUAUACAUCGCGAGUCUACCAACUAAUCUCGACACUACAUCGAGUCCACGCCAAUUCGUAUGGCAGCAACUUGCGAAGACUAAGUCCUGGUCGAGUUGAGCUUUACAGUCUUGCAGACGUCCAAGGCACCGUACAGAAAGGUUUUGAUGGCGUCCGACUCGAAGACGUACCAAUCGUAGCACCAGCGAUCUAUCCAUACGGAGGCGACGAACUCAUCGAAUCGCUCUCGUUCGUCGUAAAUUCCGGCAACCAUCUCCUCAUCUCAGGCAGUAACGGCGUUGGCAAAUCGGCCAUCGCACGAAUCGUCGCUGGCCUCUGGCCCGUCUACCGCGGCCUCGUCAGUCGAUCACGGAAUCAUGGCCAAGACGGCAUCAUGUUUCUCCCUCAACGACCAUACCUCAGCAUUGGCACUCUGCGCGACCAAGUCAUCUACCCCCACACCGAGAUGGACAUGCGCGAGGCCGGCAAGCGCGAUAUCGACCUCGAAAAGAUUCUUGAAGACGCCAAGCUGGGCCACUUGCUCAGCCGAGAAGGUGGCUGGGAUACGCGCAAGGAGUGGAAGGAUGUAUUCAGCGGCGGCGAGAAGCAGCGGAUGGGCAUAGCCAGGCUGCUGUACCAUGAGCCGAAGUAUGCUUUCAUGGACGAGGGCACGAGUGCAGUGAGCUCGGAUGUCGAGGGCGUGCUGUACGACACGGCGAAAGAAAAGGGGAUUACGCUUAUCACUAUCAGCACACGGGCGAGUCUGAGGAAGUAUCAUUCGUACAACCUUAUUCUGGGACUAGGUGACGAAGGCUACGAUUGGGACAUGGUCAAGAUAGGUAGCGAGGAGGAAAAGAUGAAUGCGGAGAAGGAGUUGAGCCAGCUGCGAGAGAAUCUGGCGCAGGUCGAGGAGUGGAAGAAGCGGAAGGCGGAGAUCGAUGCGGAGCUUGGGCAGGUAAUGCUCAAGGGAGGCGAGCACCUGCCGUCGAUAUCUGCUGAUGCAGAGGCCGCCGGGGAAGGAGCUCAGCAAUGA